AAUCUAACCUGCAAGUUUUUUCAACACGAAAUACUGUGGGAAUAAACAAAAAUAAAUUUCGCACUAUUCUGAUUAUUUUUGAAGCAGAGAUUCGAGGAGAUGUCUGUUUCUAUCAAGAAGGAGGACAAUAUCCUUAUCCUGGUCAAUGACAAGGUCAAUGUCGAGAACUUUCCUGCCAGAAUUACCCCAACUCAAACUGUGAUGAGAUCAGCAGAUUGGAGAACAUUCAUACACGAGCCAUCCUUGUACCAUUGUAUCCUCACAUUUGGUGUUGACGAGAAGAAGGAUCUCCUGGAGUUCCUAAAAGUCCUCAAGCCAGGAGGUCUCGUUAUAUCCACUAAAUCAAUCAGUAAUUCCAAGAAAACUGAAGGAGAAAAACUCUUCUCCGAGGAGAUUUCUUCCCUAAGAGCCACUGGAUUUCGUUUCAAAGAGUGCAAAGUCAGUCCUCUGGAGUCUAACUGGAGAAUUCCAGGUCUUCUGAAUGAUGAUUAUGAGGAUGACCUAGAGAUGUGUGAGAUCAUCGUGGAAAAACCGUCGUACGAGAUUGGAUCCUCAGUGGCUCUUUCCUUCGUAAAAAAGCCCCAGAAUGUCUGGAAGCUCGAUGAUGCUGUUGAAGAUGACCUCAUCGACGAGGACGACCUCCUGGACGAGGAGGAUCUGACGAAACCUACUGAGUCUUCUCUGCGAGUUUGUGGAACCACUGGAAAACGUAAGGCCUGCAAGGACUGCUCCUGUGGUCUUGCAGAAGAGUUGAAUGGAGAAAUUCCCAAGAAUGAAAUCCAAAAAUCUUCGUGUGGUAAUUGCUACCUCGGAGAUGCCUUCAGGUGUGCCAGCUGUCCUUACUCCGGAAUGCCAGCAUUCAAACCUGGAGAAAAGGUCGUACUCCCAUCGUCACAACUGACUGCUGACAAUUAAUUCAAUUAAUCCAAUCAAAUCAAUUAUUAAACCCCAUAAAAAAUAAAAAAUAAAAAUUCCAGGACACGAAUAACUGUUUUCUCUGCGAUAAAUCAAGGUCGUUCAAUUUUUUCUUAUCAAUUUAUUUCUUUUUACAGUAAUAAUUUAUGCUCUGCACAUAAAUUCUCUUCUACUUAAUUUUUACCCUCGUAAAAAUUCUACCCACUAGACUCAAGUAAGAAUGACAAAGAUCAUUACAAAAAAAUAAUGUGAAAACAAUGUUUUAUGGAUAAAUAAUUUGGGAAUACACCCCUUUCUCCAUAAAUCCACUAUCACGUCGCUGGUGAUCAGUGCCUGGGAAAAGGGUAUUUUCCAGAUCUCCAAUAAGUACCACGAAAUAAAUUCAAUAUCAAAAACCUCGAGCUCCCCCUCAAUUUAUUUCAAUGGACAGAAAAUGAUUGUUCUGAUGAAUGGAUUAAGUUACCAAUUGCCUAAGUAUUGAUCUCACUUACUGAAAGCCUAGAAUUUAUUAUUUACAAACCCCAGUAAGGCAUUUGUUGGUUCUGUAGCCAUAAAUAGCCCUAAAAUUUCCCCCACAAUUCUACAUUUCACUCAAAAAAAAAAAAAAAA